AUGGAUUCGCAAAGUCUUUUCGAAAACGUUCCUUUUGAUACGUGUGCGGGCUUCCCUUUUGACUGGGACCAUACCACGGCGGUCAAUCUUCCAGGCCAACGAACCUCUGGACUUGGCCACGCCAAGCGUCUGCCAGAAAGAAAGUCUCAAUCGUCAUUGGAUGAGGACUAUGACCUGUUUGAGUCUGAAGUAAUGGAUAAGUUUUUCUUUGACGUGACUGAAUCAAACCCCUCUAGAAACAAUUACACAACUUCAAGUUCUGCUGCAUUCUGUGGACUGCUCGAAGCGGAGGGGACGUCGCCACCGGCAAAUGAGAAGCGAAUAAAGGCCGUUCCAGAUGGCAGUUCCCCCGUACCAGAAGUGGUCAUUGAUAUCCCCGGAGAGCGUCGUCGUGCCCAAAAUCGUGCCGCUCAGCGGGCGCACCGUGAACGGCAGAAACGCUAUGUAGCUCAGCUUGAGAAGAGAUUCUUCGCCUUGCAAGCCAACUACAACCAUUUGGACGAAAAGUACAAGAAGGUCGAAAGAGAACACCAAUCCUUGAUCCAAAUGCUCUCCUCUCGACAAACUCCAACCCCAUCCCCCGCCUCACAGGCAAGUGUCGACUCCUACCUGUCCAUCUGCAUCGACGAUCCAUUAGUGCCGAACGAGUUUCUACUACACGAGCAAGAACCCGCGCAGGCACUAGCGCUGGGAAUAGAUGGGAUGUUUUCAACAAAGUUGGGAGUGCCCUGA